AAAAUUCACCACAGCCGUGAGAGGUUGCAAACUCGCGAGACCGUACAAGCCAGGCAAAUCCCCAUGGCGGCGCAAGCGCUGCCGUUCCUCCGGUGGAGCCGGAGCGCCUCCUCCCUCCGCGCGCACUGCUCCGCCACAGCCGCGCCGCGCCGCCUCUUCUCCGCCCUCCGCCGCCCUGCCGCCGCCGCCGCCCGCUGCGAGGCCGGCUCCAAGGUCAUGCUCAAGGGGAUGGAUUACUCGGAACUCGAGAAUUGGGUGCAGGCGCAGGGGUUUCGGCCCGGCCAGGCCAUGAUGCUGUGGAAAUGCCUAUACGGGAACAACGUUUGGGCUCAUUGCCACGACGAGCUAACUGGUUUAAACAAGGACUUCAGGAAGAUGAUAACCGAGCGUGCUGAUCUCAAGGCAUUAACUGUGAAGGACAUUCUCACUGCAUCAGAUGGAACCCGUAAGAUACUGUUCUCUCUUGAAGAUGGUCCAGUGAUUGAAACAGUUAUCAUUCCUUGCGCUAGGGGCAGAACAACUGUCUGUGUUUCAAGUCAAGUUGGUUGCGCCAUGAACUGUCAAUUUUGCUUCACUGGAAGGAUGGGUUUGAGAAAGCAUCUGUCAACAGCUGAAAUUGUUGAGCAGGCUGUGUUUGCUCGUAGACUAUUCUCUGAUGAAUUUGGAGCAAUUACUAAUGUUGUAUUUAUGGGCAUGGGUGAACCAUUUCACAAUAUUGACAAUGUACUAAAAGCCUCAGCAAUAAUGGUUGAUGAUCAAGGUCUUCAUUUUAGUCCUCGCAAGGUUACUGUCUCCACAAGUGGUCUUGUCCCUCAGUUAAAACGCUUCCUCCAUGAAUCCAAUUGCUCCCUGGCUGUCAGUCUUAAUGCAACAACAGACGAGGUUAGAAACUGGAUAAUGCCCAUAAACAGAAAGUACAAUCUUAACUUGCUUCUUGGCACCUUAAGGGAGGAAGUUUGCCUCAGAAAGAAUUACAGAGUUCUAUUUGAAUAUGUCAUGCUUUCUGGAGUGAACGACAGUAUGGAUGAUGCGAAGAGGCUUAUAGAGCUUGUCCAAGGGAUCCCUUGCAAGAUCAACCUCAUUUCUUUCAAUCCCCACAGUGGUUCCCAAUUCAAGCCCACACCCGAUGAGAAGAUACUCGAGUUCCGCAAUGUUUUAAUUCAAGGUGGCCUUAUAGUUUUUGUUCGGCUCAGCAGAGGGGAUGAUCAAAUGGCUGCGUGCGGGCAGCUAGGAGAGCCUGGAGAUUAUCAGCUACCUCUGCUCCGUGUACCCGAGAAAUUUCAGGUCGCCGUGUGAUGCUAAACAGUACAGUCAUUAGCAAUUUGAUGAACACAAGUAACUGGUCCGGGAUGAAGAUUCGAUGAUGCAGGUGUAGUAAGUAGAAGUUAUGCCAUCUCUGGAGACUGCUCUGAUUUCGCGAAAUUUUAUCAACGUGGUGGGUCUUCAUCCGAACCUGGUCUUCAUCUGAGCCUGGAUACGUAAGAACACAUUUUGACAUGGUGAUGCUUCUGCUGACUCGUGGUGUAUCACUGUAUCCUAAUCGAGCAUUUGAUAAGAAUAUUAUAAACUGGGUAUUUCUCGCAGCUGGUUCAGCAUAUAAGAUUGUACUCUUUCCGUUCCAAA